UCCGCCCCGCCAUGUCUGAGUCGAAUUCAAUGUCUGACACCGUCCCAGACAAGGAGGUCGAGCAGCAGCGCAUUGACCAUGACGUCUACAUCGACCCGGCUGCGGAGAAGGCCCUUCUCCGCAAACUCGACUUGUGGAUUGUGCCCCCGGUCAUGCUGCUCUACCUGCUCAGUUUCCUCGACCGUGUUAAUAUUGGCAAUGCCCGCUUAUACGGAUUGGAAGAAGAUCUAGGCCUAGAGGGCGACCAGUAUCAGAUCGCAGUCUCUAUCCUCUUUGUCACCUAUAUCCUCUCAGAGCUUCCCUCCAACCUUGUUAUCAAGAAAUUCACACCAUCCCGCUGGCUCUCCUUCAUUACCACCGCCUGGGGCAUCGUUGCAACCCUGACGGGAAUGGUCCAGAGCUACGGCGGCUUGAUCGCUUGUCGUAUCAUCCUCGGCGCUCUUGAAGGUGGCCUGUUUCCAGGUCUAGCUAUCUACCUUACCUGCUUCUACACAAAGAAAGAAUACGCUCUGCGAAUCGGCUAUCUGUUCGUUUCGGCCGCCAUUGCCGGCUCCGUCGGCGGUCUUCUUGCUUAUGGGAUCGGCCAUAUGGACGGUGUUGCAGGUCUUCGUGGAUGGCGCUGGAUCAUCAUCCUCGAAGGGAUUCCUACCUUUGUUCUGGGCAUUUCUAUCUGGUGGUGGCUAGCUGAUUCUCCUGACACCGCGCACUACCUGACCAUGGCCGAGCGCGAGCUCAUCGACGCCCGCAUGCGCCGACAGAUUGGCCACACCAAAUCCUCCGAUCAGAUGCACAAGAAGGACGUCAUCGAAGGUCUGACGGACUGGAAAAUCUGGUUGUUCACAAUCGGCCAGUUUGGUGGCGACACAAUCCUCUACGGAUACUCGACUUUCCUCCCGACCAUCAUCCAAGGACUAGGCGAUUGGACCUCAGCAGAAGUUCAGGCGCUUACAAUCCCUUGCUACGCGCUUGGUGCCAUUAGCUACAUUGUUACUGCGUGGUUCUCGGAUCGCACGCAGAAACGCGCUAUAUUUACCGUAUUUUUUGGCCUCACCUGUGCGGCGGGGUAUGCCAUUCUAAUCAGCCCUGCGCCCGGCGGUGUCAAGUACUUUGGCUGCUUCCUUUCAGCCAUGGGACUGUAUGUGAUUGUCGGGCUGCCUCUUGCGUGGCUUCCUAGCAAUAACCCCAGAUAUGGGAAGCGGACCGUUGCAACGGGUUUGCAACUUACUAUCGGAAAUUCUGCGGGGAUUCCUGCUCCUUUUCUCUACAAAACAAACGAAGGACCCCGCUUCAUUAAGGGCCAUGCCGUCUCCAUGGGCCUCGUUGCUAUGUCUGCUGUUAUCUAUCUGCUCUUCUGGGCAUGGUUCCGGAGGCAGAAUAAGAGGAAGAGGGAAGGUAAGGAGGAUUGGCGGGUUGAAGGAAUGACGCAGGAAGAGGCGGAGGAGCUGGGCGAGCAUAAUCCAAGGUUUAUUUAUACUUACUGAGGAAAUUUGUCUUAGCGUGGACUAUCUAAUUGACUGGCCUUUUGGAAUGUUACUGUUUAGCUUAUGGCUCUUGUAUGGUUCUUGUUGGUUUUCAUCUUUUUGCGUGUAGGUAGGUAGAUGGACUGUUCUUAAUUUGAGCCCUAACUCACUUUUCC